CUUUAAUUUGAGCGCUUUGUACUAGCUAAAGGGAGAAAACUCCAAUUAUACAAGAACGAGUAUUGCCUCUUGGACGAUUGUGCUUGUACAUCGUUACUCCUCCAACUGGUAAUCGGCCACGAUUUCCAAGCGACUAACGAUGGGAACCCCUGUCAAAGAUGUAAUACUUCCAGACAAUGCACCCAAGGAACUACUUCUUCAGAAACAUGCUGACUAUAUAGCGGCAUAUGGGAACAAGAAAGAUGACUAUGAAUAUAUUAUCACAGAGUAUUUGCGCAUGAAUGGCAUGUAUUGGGGUUUGACGGCCAUAGCACUUGCGAAUCAGCUUGAUAGGAUGGAUCGCACAGAAGUGAUCAGUUUUGUGAAAGCUUGUCAGACUGAGUGUGGGGGCAUGUCUUGCAGCAUUGGACAUGACCCUCACAUAUUGUCCACUCUGAGUGCAGUACAGAUUUUGACGCUGUAUGAUGCAGUUGAUGAAAUUGAUAUAGACAACCUUGUAAAAUGGGUUGUCAGCAUGCAGCAGGAAGAUGGCAGUUUCUAUGGUGAUAAGUGGGGUGAAGUGGACACACGAUUUUCCUUCUGUGCUACAGCAUGCCUCACACUUCUGGGCCGUCAAGAUGCUAUGAAUGUUGACAAAGCAGUAGAAUUUGUUCUUAGCUGUAUGAACUUUGAUGGAGGUUUUGGUUGCCGACCAGGCAGCGAAUCACAUAGUGGACAGAUCUAUUGUUGUGUUGGUUUCCUGGCUAUCACAGGGCACCUGCAUAAUGUGGAUGCUGAUCGCCUGGGUUGGUGGUUGUGUGAAAGACAGUUGCCAUCUGGAGGGCUAAAUGGUCGCCCUGAAAAACUCCCAGAUGUCUGUUACUCAUGGUGGGUCCUUGCUUCCAUGGCAAUCAUUGGGCGUCUUCACUGGAUUGACAAGGAAAAACUGAGGCGCUUCAUUUUAGCUUGUCAGGAUGAAGAAACUGGUGGGUUUGCAGACAGACCUGGUGACAUGGUGGACCCAUUCCACACACUGUUUGGGUUAGCAGGGCUGUCAUUGCUUGGAGAUAAGUCUGUGCUGCCUGUGAAUCCUGUCUACUGCAUGCCAGAGGAUGUGAUAAGAAAACUUAGUCUUAACAAUUAUGAAGUUGAUGAGAGAUAAGCCACUGAUGUCUACAGGACAAUGAGAGAUAGAAUUGAAAGGUGUAUGUGGAUGCAUGCAUGCAUGAUUAAGAGAAUAUGUGUGUGUAUUGCAAAAUUAGAUGUCAGUUUUCAUUUUGGGGACAUUUAUCCUUUGAAGCUUCUACUUAAGCACUUCAUUUGCCUAAAGACCACUUUAAGAACUGUUUUGACAAAAUGGCACGCUAGAAACAUAACUUGAAAGACUUGGAGCCAAUAAUUUCAUAAAGAAAAUUGACUGUGCAUUAUAUAUAUGAAUUGAACAUUUGUUUUUGAACCAUCCACGUCACUCCAGUGUUGUGGAGUUGCUUUUUCAGUUAUUGGAAUGUGAAGAGAUGGCCCACUCACACAAUCAUUAAAUAUAAACAGCAAAUUAUUUAAAGGAGAAGCAUUUUGCCUAUUCCACUGUGUAUGUAUGGUUUGUGUGGUUAGUUGCCAGUAUGUGUAUAUUUAUGCUCACUUGUUUUAACUACAAAUGACAAUGCUUCAUCUUGUUUAUUUGGUUGGAUACUGGCUUGUAAGAAAUAAAUUUUAAUCAGUCUGUUUUA